UCUGCUGCCAUCUGCCACUAAGGCCUGCACAGCUUAAUAUAAACUACAAGGAAGUCUCGAUCAGUAUUUCUGCUUCUGCCAGGCUCCGUGACACUUCAAUGGAAGGACAUUACAUUGCUGGUUCCAUGGAUGCACUGAGGUCCACAAGAUGGCACAGACUACUUUAGGCCCUGCCCAGAGUCCAGGAGUCCAGACAGCCUGGAAGACAAGCAGGAGUUGCAGCCCAAGUUGGUGAGAGAGAGAGAGGAGAAGCCUACUGCAGCCCUGUGUGUCCUUGACGCUGUUCAGGAGAUAAAGACCAGCAGGCGGUCUGAAGUCUGCCUUCAGUUCUCACUAAGCCACUCUGAGAAUGGAGCGAUCCACCCGGGAGCUGUGUCUCAACUUCACCGUUGUCCUAAUUACAGUUAUUCUUAUAUGGCUUCUCGUGAGGUCCUAUCAGUACUGAGAUGCCACAGCUCCUGGAAUUGACUGCAAUGCUCCAGAGCUGUCUUCUGUAUGGCCUUCAAUCCCAUUGCUGUCAUGGGAUGCCUUUUUUUGGCACCCCAUAGCACUUCUGACCUGCAUGCACAGUAUUCAAAGUGCCUCCAGUGCCAGGAUCGAUUGUGUGAUCUCUAACGAUGCUGCUCUCAAGGGCUGCCAAGUGUUUGCCAGUGAGCCUUAGAUUUAUUCCCCAACUCUUACUGCAAAUGUGUUAGACAAGCCACAAGGUUAAAAGUAAACUGGAUUCAUGAUGACAGAAUUUUAACAAGCCUCUGAUCUGUCUCACCACACAUCCCUUCAACCCACACUCAGCAACCAAACUCUAAAUCAACUGGCCAGAAGAAAGAACCAUUAAAGGAAAUCGUCAUCAGCCCCUAUAGCUGUCAUGUGAAUAAAGUUGUCAACCACAAAAAUGGCUUUUAGAAUUUAUUUUAGCAUCUAUUUGUGAUACUGCAUUUGACCGUUGGCUGUGAUCGAAGUGACAAAUGUUAUAGUAUUUCUGGCAUUUGAGAUAAGCCAAGAAUCCUCUAACUGCUGAGGAUUUGAAAACAAGUCAAUUAAGAAUGUCGCAUUUCAAAUAAUUCUAUUGGUUCAGUGCUCCUCAAACUUUCCCUCUGCACUAGUACCAAGGGCAGAGGGAAAAUAAAUCCAUUCCACUAGGAGGUCUGGAGCACAGCUUGAAUUGUCCACUAAAAGCCCAAAAUUUCUUUGAAGUCUUGUGUUUUAUCAAUAAAAUGCACAAAAAAAUGUA